UGCGUCUAGUAGCUUUUGAGAUUGCAGGAGAAGAAAUAGAACAAGGUUUUGGUGUGAUUUGCUUUUUUCACGGUGGUUGCUUAUCUUUGCUGGGCUGCCGAUUGAACGAGAGAUAUCGAUUAUUUUUCUUUUCACUUCACCGGGUUUAUUCCACUGGCUUCGACAAUGUCAUCCGGCUACAAACACUUGUACUCCUGUGUGACCUUCAUCCUGUUCAUGGUGGUAGUAAAUUUCUACAAGAACAAAAUCCACCAAGCCCGCGAACGGGAAGCCUCGGUACGGGCCAAGAUGCGUGGCGGUCCACAAAAGCUGUCCUCGUAUCAACUGCAUCGCCGUGAGACCACGUUGGACGAAGAAGCGUCAAUCAUGUACCCGGGAGAUUACUACGCCGACAAGAUCGAAGCGGAAUUCCAGCGCAGAUUUUCCAACGCUGACUCACUGCUCGAUCGAAUGCUGAAAGAAUUCCCAGCCAAGUGUCGUGACAUGGAGGUGUUUUACCCUGCAAAACAUACAAACGAGCACGAGCUCAAACGGUUCCACAUCAUGGAAGAGUUGCUAUCCCCAAAGAAGGCCCGCCAACCCCUCAUCGAUCCAAACCUAGCCCAAUCCAACUCUUCAAUGUACGUAUUUCUCUCCGUGCUCAUCAUCCUGAUCAUCGCCGCCGGCGUAGACAUCGCCAAACACAUCCGGGCCAACCCUCGCCGCCAAGAAAACAUCCGCCGCCUCUCCCUACAAAACUACCAGGCCCUAAUCCGCGAAAAGCAGAAGCAGUUCCGCAUGAUGAAGCAGCACUGCUCGCAACCCUCGAUGAGCAUCAACCGCUCGAUCGACGAGACCAACUACCCGCCCCCGUUCCGCCCCGCCACCAAGGAAGACCUGGACACCAAACCACCUCCGCCACCCCUUCUGCGCCGACAAUCCGUCCCCAUUGGACUGGUCCAGCCACCGUCAGCGGUAUCGUCCCUGGCCAGACCGAGCCUACCAGGCGGCGGUGGGAAGCAUCUGCUGCGACGUCCGUCGAUGGAUUCGUUCGGGCUGGCCGACCGGGGUGACGGUGACAUGGUCAAACACGCCAACGGAUCGCCGACGGAGAUGCGUCGACGGGUGCGGAUGCUGCAUCGGCAUUGAAGUGAAUUUUGGAUUUAGUGUUGAGCACAAGUGUGACGAAACAAACUCAGUAGGCUAUGCCCACUAGAUUGUGUUUAAUUUGCAUUAGAAAUUAACCUGGUUUUAGAGUUUUAAGAGUACUGAGAUUAAUUUACAACGCAAAUAAUUGAUCUCUAUGACUUAAUUUUUUUUAAACAUUGCCAAAUUUUAAUGUUUAAAUGCAACCAAACAUACGAAAAAUUUGUAAACGUAAAUGUGAUGGAAACAGCUUCAAAAUGUACUUAACUGUUGAGCGAUUCGAUGGAUAUUUGUACACAACUAAAAUAAUAUUAGAUGUUUUAACAGCGGAUCAAACAAAACUUUUUCAAACCUGUAAUUAAAUUUGCAUGCAAAAAAAAAUAAAAAUUUCAUUGAACACAUAUUUUAUUUUCUAAUCUAACUUUCAUAUAACCAUUUUGAGGAAACAAAAACAUUUUACAUAUCAGGGUAUUAUUCUAGUCAAAUCCUAGUCUUAAUAAAUCAUAUAUUUUUAGAAUGAAAAUUUCAUAUAUUGUGAGAAUCUUACACAAUCACUACGUCUUAUGAUCCGAUCCUAGAUAUAACCAGUAACCGUCGUUGUAUCAAAUACGUUUAUUAUAGAUGUUCAUUAAAAAAAAAUCCGGUAAGAUGCAAAUGAAAUUCGGAUUACAAUGGUGUUAACAGACUAUGAACUAAGUACUUA